UUUACUCGCUCCAGCAUGGACGUCGGAGUGACCCCAAGACGGCACAACCCUGUGGACAGCAUCUGCCGCAAGCUUCAGACCAUCCAGCGGCGAGAUCAAGAGAUUAACUCACCUUUUCAGAUCCCCAAGUUCCAGUCCAGCAGCUACGACAGCCCUCACUCGGGGCUGCGCCUCAACCUGGAGACCAUCCUGAAGAGCCGUGGCAUCCGAGCUGAUGAAGACUCUGACUCAUCUGUGGGCAUGCUGACCCCCACUGCCUCCCCUGGGCCGGGGUCUGGCACCCACACCCCUUAUGUUCCCAUCACCUCGGCCAAUGCCACCUACACCAUCACCAGUAUGCUGGGCACUUUAGGCACACUAGGGGAGAGGAAAACCACAGCACAGACGUAUAGCCGGCCAUUUCUACGCAACUGCUCCACCCCAGCAGCCCAGACUGGGGACAAUUACUUUAAUUUUACCCCACGUUACACCACACAAACGCAGUUCGAGGGGUCCAACACCAAUAUAAAAACUGGGAACAUCCCACCUUCUGGCUUGCUCUCAUAUAACCUGAACUUUUCCUCUGAUAGUUCUAACAUGGACAGAGAACUCCCCUACCCAGCCCUUGUGGUGAAGAGACAUUCACUGGGUGAUGGAUCUCUGUUUCCCUCUGAGCCCAAGAAAGAGAGCAUGGCAGAGGUCAGUCUGAUUUGUGAGGAAGACCUGUUGGACACCAUUUUCCAAGCCUGUGAUACACAGUGCAGAGGUAAAGUUUACGUGUCGCACAUUGUGGACUUCUUGAGACACACCACCUGUCGCAGUUCAGAGGACAGCGGCCUAGAGGAGCUGUGCAAUAUGCUGGAUCCUAUGCACAAGGACAUCUCCAUAGACCUUGACACAUACCAUGCCAUCAUGAAGGAGUGGAUAGAUGACUGUUGCAACCAGGGGAAGGACUCAAAAAAUGACAUCCAUCAGGAUUCUUUCAAACUGCAGGACAGUUUGUCAGCAAAGAGAUCUGCUCUCUUCAAUAUGACAUCAGGUAGUCUAGAAGCAUUUGGAGGGGAGGCCUCCAGAGCAGACCUAGAGACAUCCGAUCUGGUGUUCUGUGUGGCAGAUCUGCAGCUGAAUAACCAGAAGCUCCAGGAGGAGGUUCGUAAACUGAAGCAGGUGGUGGAGAACAUGGAGGACACCAACCAGAAACUUAUCGAGGAAAAUGAAGAGCUCAGGGCUCCAGCCAAAAUGGGGCUGCAGUUAUUACAGAAGGAGAAGAUGCUGAAAGAGGAAGUUGAGGAGAUGAAGUUGAGCCUGACGUCCUCUGAAGAGAGUCGAACUCAAGCCUCAGCUCAGAGAAAGCAGAUGGAGCGAGAAAACCAGAGUCUCAUAUCCAAGAUUGCAGCUCUACAGGAGGAGAACAUGAAAGUUACACUGGAUGCGGAGGAUCUCCAGAAAACGAUGAAUGAUCUCUGUGACCUCAAUGCUGACCUUCAGGUCCAGGUUCAUUCAUUUGAUGCUGUUCUGGCUGAGAAAGAGUCAAUAAUUCAGGAGAAAAAUAAACAGAUCGAUGAUCUGAAGGUGGCCAUUGUGGAGUAUUCCUCAGUUACAGAGUUGCUGAGAGCAGACAAGAACAAACUGGAGAGUCACAUGCAGAUGAUGCUGCCUGAUAUGAGCAUCCCAGGUCUUUCACUCUCUGUGGCAUACAGACUCAAUCAGAUGAGUUCAGGCUCUCUUCAGACAGAGCUGGCACUGGCACAAAAUCCCCUGGAGGGUUUGGAGCAUCUCUCCUCCUCUGUCUGUUUUACAUCUUCUCUGGAUGAGACUCUAGAUCGUGAAGUUCUUCUGCUCCUUCAAGGCCCGACGCCGGAGCAGUUGUGUCUGGAGUUUAAAGCUCUGAUCAGCAGACUGAAGAGGGAGUUUAAGCAAGAUGGGGUGACCUUUCUUACAGCACUCAGAGGUCUUUCAGAGAGCACUGAAACUCAGGAGGCCAAUACUGACCUCAAGCUGCAGGGCCUGGAGGUGCAGCUUGAGCAGAGGAGGAGUGACUGGACCCGCAGUCUGGAGCAGUUGGACCAAUACACAGACUCUCUGGAGAAGGAGCUUCUGAAGAUGGCCAGCAACAUGCAACGGUCCCGUACAGAGAUCCUGCACCUGUCUGUCAAGGUACAAAAGCAGGAGAAUCAGAAGCAGCAGUUGCAAGAGGAACUCGACCGGCUGAAGACUCCACCAGACAACAGAGAGGCCAGCAGCCAAACACCACAUCACCUACAGCAGGUAGUGGAAGAGCUUGAUGGCCCCUGUCUUGAAUGGGAUGAGGAAUAUUUGUUGUCUGAGUCACCUCCUUUACAAGAGCUCAGACCUGAUCAGCAGAUGCUUCAGGAGCUGGAUGAUGAAGCAGAGCUGCAGGCCUUGAAAGAGGAGGAGGAGGACCAGACAAAGACCAUGGGGGACAAGAUCCAGGGAGUCAUGGAAAGGACUGAGAAAGAAGGUGAAGCAACCCAGGAUUCAGGAGUAGAAACUGAAGAGCUACAAAGAGACACUACUCUCUCCCCAACGGCUCUACCAGAUGACAUCACUGACAAAGAAUCGCAAGAAACUCCAUUUGUGGGUGAGGCUGGAAUGCAGAGGCAUUGCACAUCUCCAAAGGAGGAAUCCAGACUCCCAGAAUGCACUGGGCCUGAAGACACCCACGAGCAGGCUGCUCCUCUGCCUCACACCCACAGUCAGUGUGCUGAUGACCUAUCACUGAGCUCUGAGACACCCCAUGAGCAGGUGACCUCAGUCCCAGACCUCAUUUCAUGUCCUGGACUCUCCUCUCUUGUUACAUCUGAGAUGAUAUCUCUCUCCACACCUCAGUCUGAAGCAGAUGAAUUCAUUUCUUUGACCGGAAGGAGUCAGCAGCAGUCUGCAGCCACAAACAGAGGACCUGAGGGAAAGUUUGCGGCGGCCACAGCCGACAUGAGUGACUCGCAGAAACUGAGCGCGGGCCAGCUUUCUGAAGUCUCUGCAAAAUUGGAGAGGAGUCUCUUGUUGCCAGUAGUGGAGGAAGAGGAGGCAAUGCCUGAGGCAGUGGGGGUGAACUCACCAGAAGACAAAUACAAAUCAGACCAUACAUUGACCACACCUGGAUCAAACCCAGCAGCCACAGAUGACCAACUGAAGGAUCUUUCUGACAAGUCAAAGGAUGUAACCCUUGACCCCACUGUAAGAAAGCGUGAUCUUCCAACAGUCCCUGCUGCACAAGGCUCCAAUAAAGUGACUCUGCCUCUGAUUAACAAGCUCAAGAAGGAAAAGACCCACAGUAUGGAAGCCAUUGAGGAACAAAAAGCACAAGAGGACAGCAAGGCUUCAGUCACCACAGAAAAAGAAGGUGACACAUCUGUCAUCUCUGAAAAUGCCAGCAAUUCCACCACCAAAGAUGACAAGAACAGACUGUCACCAAGUGACAAAGAGAUAGAGGCUGAGUUCCACCGACUUUCUCUGGACUUCAAGUGUGACAUGUUCACCCUAGAGAAGAGGCUCCGCAUGGAGGAACGCUCUCGGGAUCUAGCCGAGGAGAACGUCCGCAAGGAAGUGACCAGUUGUCAAGACCUCCUGCAGGCCCUGAUUCCACGGUGUGAGGAGGAUAACCAGUCUAUGGAGAUCAUCCAUCGCUUGCAGAAGAACCUGGAGUUCCUCAACCAGUCCAUGACCAGAGUUUCUAGUCGUUCAGAGAUGCUUGGGGCCAUUCAUCAGGAGAGCAGGGUGGGUAAAGCGGUGGAGGUGAUGAUUCAGCACGUAGAGAACCUGAGGAGGAUGUACACCAAGGAGCAUGCAGAACUUUUAGAGCUCAGGGAGAACCUCACGCCGAACGAGAGGUCCUUUGGGUUCCACACUGAGAGGGAUGAUUUUAGGAACAAGAAGCAGUCAACCGCACAACUUUUCAAAGUCACUAGCCGACGCAUUAGUAUAGCUGCCCUGCCCCGCAGCAGUGGAGGACACACCCAUUUUGACAUGCUCAAAGACACAGCAGAUAUGGAGGCAGAGAGACUCUCCCACCAGUCGUCAUGGAACAUGGCAGCCAAGAGGCCACCCCUAAAGCGCUUCAUUAGCUCGGGUACUUGGGCUGACAUUGACGAGCCAACUCUGAUGAGCAGGUAUGGAUAUGACACUGACUCGCACUCAGAGGUGGAGUGGAAAGAGGAACCAGAGGACAGAAGGACUAGUAUAACUGACCUAGGCAACAAAAUCACCUCCUUCAUAAUGCCAGCCAAGACCCCCAGUCCCAGCCCAACAGAUCGCACUGCUCCCAGUCUGACAGAGGUGAGGCCUGCAGUGUCUAGAGGCACCAGAGGUGUUUGGAUUUGGAUGGCCUUGUUUGUAGUGCUAGCUGCUCUCCUGGCCCUGUUGGCGAGCUUGAUGUUACAGCCAGCAGUGGACGCAGCACCUGUGGGUACCGGGGACUCAUGGAUGGCCAUCCAGCAGCUUCUGUGGCCCUACACAGGGCUAAGGCACAACGGCCAACCUCCUGUGUAACAGACCGCAGCAGCCGGUCAGCUUCCGGUGAAUGAGAGUUUGACCUGUACGCACUUACAUAAAGGCACUAGGAGACAAAGAACUCUGAAUUAGAAUAUGAGCUACAACACUGCUGCCUAUACAUCUAUUAGAACACUUUGUGAUCAUUUCUUACUGAUGGGAAAGAAAAAUGUGGGUGACUUAAAAGGGAUGUGCUGAAAAUGGUGGACUGCUUGGAGCUUCGUAGAGAUGCUGUGUACAGAAAGUGUUUAAUAUAUUUUGUUUUAUGACAGUACUGGCCAAUCACACUAUAAAUUUGCAUUUAGGUGAGAUUUGCAGACUGCCCCGUAGAGGCAGUUGACAUCAGCACAAUGGUUACCUGAAAAGACUUCAUUUUUAAAGCUUUUUUCUUCAUCACUAUGUUUUUAUCACCAGAUUGAAAGAGUAUUGAGAUGCCCUUUUUAAAAAAAACAUUUUAAGUUAACUUAUUAUUUUACAGUUUUACUGCUGUAGAUACAUUUCUUUUUUUCUAUUGUUUCAAACAUGUGGUUUUUAAUCCUCGUGGAGAUGUUGGUUUGGUGUUCAUUAUAAAUUCAUACACUUUUGUAUGUUCCAAAGAUGGGGAGCGAAACUUUGCACAAUAAAAGAAACUGAUCCAA